AUGUUCUACCGACUCUACUUCCAUCCUUUGGCAGGUUUCCCAGGGCCCAGGAUCGCUGCCUUCACAAGAGCCUACGAGUUCUAUUACGAUGUCUUCCUGUCUGGCGAUUACACGUUCGCAAUCAAAGAGAUGCACCAACGCUACGGACCAAUCAUUCGCAUCUCACCACACGAGCUCCAUAUCCACGAUCCGGACUUUGAAGACGAACUUUACACUGGUGCUUCUAAACCGAGGGAAAAGUAUCCCUGGGCUCUGGGGAUGUUCGGAACCAGCAGUGGCUUCAUUGUGGCCAAAGAGCAUGAUUUACAUCGCAAACGCAGGGCGCCAGUGAAUUCGUUCUUCUCCAAGAAAGCCGUUACAGAGCUGUCGCCUCUUAUUCAAGGGCACAUUCAAAACUUCUGUCGACGUGUGAAAGAGUCCCAAGGAACAGGGAAAUCGCUACGCCUCGACCACGCCUACACAGCCUUGACUAUGGACAUCAUUAGCGACUACUCAUACGGCAACUCAUACGAGGCACUGAACACCCCAGACAUGAUGGCCGGGUGGGUUUCUGCAAUAUCUCGAGGCGCCGAAACGCUUCACAUCAACAAGUUCUUUCCUUGGUUCAUCUAUACGAUGAAAGCACUUCCUGCGUGGCUAGUUGUCAAACUGAACCCGUCUUUCGGAGGCAUAAUUCAAAUGCAAGAAAAACAAGCCGAAGACGUUGACGAGGUCAUCAAAAGCCAUGGACAACUGAAGAAGAAUGGUCGACGAACGAUAUUCCACGAGCUUUGGGACAGUCCCGAACUACUGGAGAAGGAUCACAAUCGCCAGCACAUGCUCAACGAAGCACAGACUUUCAUCGGAGCUGGAACUUUCACCACGUCUUCUCAUCUCACCAAUACCACUUUUCAUCUACUCGACAACCCUGCCUGUCUGCAGAGACUGCAAGCUGAACUCCGAGAUACCAUCACUGACGCCAGCAUCUUGCCACCUUUAUCUUCACUCGAGAAGCUGCCAUACCUUACCGCUGUUAUCCAAGAAGGCCACCGUCUCGCCGUUGGAGUCGGACAUCGCCUUGCCCGGAUCUCUCCUGUCCGUCCAAUCCAAUACAAAGACUGGACGAUUCCUCCUGGGGUUCCGGUUGGCAUGUCGAAUUGGAUCACAGCUUUCGAUCCGGCCCUGUUUCCCGAUCCUCACACUUUCCGACCCGAGCGCUUCUUACACGAUACUGAAGGCAGUGAUCGCGCAAGAAAACUGUUCAGCCCGUACAGUAAGGGAACGAGAAGUUGUCUAGGGAUGAACCUGGCCCAGGCGGAAUUGUACAUGACUCUUGCAACAGUCUUUGGGAGCGAGAACUUCGACUUCAAGCUAUGGAAGACUGUGAACGAGGAUGUGGAGCCUUGGAGGGACUACUUCUCGCCAUGGCCAAGGAAUGAUGCGAGAGGGUUGAGGGUCUUGGUGGAGUGA